UAUCUCCAUAGUCUGGAUGUAACGGAGAUAUGUCUAUCCCCGCCAUCCAUGGCAUAUAUGUAGCCCCUCUCCCAGUAUUAUCGAGUAUUCAACAUUGUAACCACUCCACUAGUUCUCAUCAUGUCCCACUUCGCUGUCGCCCCCAAGCCCGCCAGCCUGCUCGGCUACCACCGCGUGUUGGCUCCCGCUGCCGGUAUCAAGGUCUCGCCGCUAUGUCUGGGGGCCAUGAACUUUGGGAACACCUGGAAAGAGUUCAUGGGCGAAUGCGACAAGGAGCAAUCCUUUGCCCUAAUGGAUAAAUUCUUCCAGCUAGGCGGUAACUUCAUCGAUACCUCCAACAACUACCAACAAGAAGAAUCCGAGCAAUGGAUCGGCGAAUGGAUGACCGCCCGGGGGAACCGGGACCAGAUGGUGAUCGCCACCAAAUACACCACCGGCUUCCGCACCUCCCACCGGGCCACCGAACCCCUCCAAUCCAACUUCGUCGGCAACUCCCUCAAAAGCAUGCGGAUCUCCGUCGACCGGAGCCUCCAAAAACUCCAAACCGACUACAUCGACCUCCUCUACGUCCACUGGUGGGACUUCACCACCUCCGUCGAAGAAGUCAUGCACGGUCUCAACAAUCUCAUCACCUCCGGCAAGGUACUGUAUCUCGGGGUGUCGGAUACCCCGGCGUGGGUGGUGGUCAAGGCGAAUGAUUACGCGCGGGCGCAUGGACUGCGGCCGUUCUCGGUGUAUCAGGGACGAUGGAAUGCCGGGUUUCGGGACCUCGAGAGGGAGAUUAUUCCCAUGUGUCGGGAUCAGGGGAUGGCGAUUGCGCCGUGGGCGCCGCUCGGACAGGGGAAGUUUAAGUCGGCGGAGGCGAGGAGGAGUGAGGAGGUGGGGAGUAUGCGGGGGUCGAGUUUGACGGAGACGGAUGUGAAGGUGUCGGAUGCGUUGGAGAAGGUAGCCAAGCGGAAGGGGACGACGUUGCAUGCGGUGGCCCUGGCGUAUGUGAUGCACAAAACACCCAAUGUGUUCCCGAUUAUCGGGCAGCGCAAGGUGGAACAUCUUCAGGCCAAUGUGGAGGCCUUGAGCGUGAGAUUGUCCGACGAGGACUUGGAUGAAAUUGAUAACGCAUCGUCGUUUGAUGUUGGGUUUCCCAUGAACUUCAUGUUCCGGGAUAAUUACUCGUCCCGGAACACGGCGGCGGAUGUCUGGUUGACCAAGGCGUCAGCCCUGAUUGAUGUGCCGGCUCAUCCGGCGCCGGUGCAGCCUCGUCAGGAAUGAUUCAGUGGGUAGUGUAUAGAGGAUGAAGUUACUACUCAUAUACAUCAAAUCGCACUAAAUAAUCUAUAUACCGAACUCCAACCAGCCAUACGACCUGAUGAUAAAAGACGAUCAAUACAGUCGAUUCCAUCAACAAGCAGCAGCAGUCAGCGACUUGGAAGGCCCACCGCUGACGUAGCUGAGCGAGGGCAAAGUGACUGACUCCAUACAGAAUACUAGACACCUCAUCUCAUAACAC